AUGAAUACUGAGAGAACCUCAUUGCUCAAUAGUGAUCUUAAUUCUGGGCUUAGUAUUUUUUUCGCAACUCUCUGUAUCAUCGAUAUUUUUGGUGUCUUUCCUAUCAUUGCUUUACCUCACGCUAUCAUACAUUGUGGAUUAUUAGGAAUUUCUCUGGUAAUUGUCGUCUUUUUUUUACAAAUUUAUACAGCUUCAUUACUUGGGAAAUCAUGGACUAUCGCUACUACAUUGGAUCCUCAGAUUUUGAGAAAAAAUCGACAUCCACUGGCAGCUGUUACGGAAAUGACUUUAGGAAAAAAAAUGCGAACUUUUGUAACAUUGCUUCUAGACCUGACAAUAUUUGGCUGUGGAAUUCCUAAUUUAUUAGUCGCGUCACAAAAUUUACAAUUAUUUGGGUUCAAAGUAUCAGACAAUCAAUUUAAUUUGUCAUUUUGCUACUGGCUCCUUGUGGUGGGAAUUUUUUUGUGUCCUUUGAUGUGGUUGGGAAGUCCUCGAGACAUGAAACCUCUGGCAAUUUUUUCAACAAUCGCAGUGACGAUGACGACUGUACUAGUAUGGUGGUGCAUAAUCGCUGAUGACCGAGCACUGGAACCAGCUCCGAUACCUACAUCUCCAACGUGGGAUAAAUUUAUAUCAGGAUACAGCAUGCUCGCGUUUCAAUUCGAUGUUCAUCCGACCUUGAUGACUAUUCAAGUGGAUAUGCGGCAUCCGCAGCACAUCAAUAAAGCCGUCGUUUUAUCAUUUCUCAUCAGCGGUUUAUUAUUUGGAGUGACGGCUGGUUUAGCGGCAUGGAAGUACGCCGGUAGUACCACGGCAAAUAUUUUGCAAAUAGCCCCAGCUGGACAUGUUAGUCGCGCCGCGAUACUCUUAUCUGCACUACAGUUGAUAUUUUCAAGUGUCAUAGGCCAUGCAGCACUUUUUUUGCAUCUUGAAGAUGAACUUCGCGUCCGACGAACAUUUGGGUGGAAACGAUGCGCAUUGAGAUCAGCAGUAGUAUUUCUAGGAGUUGCUGUCGGUGAAUCAGUUCCACGUUUUGAUAUCGUGAUGUCUUUAAUCGGUGGAACUUUAACUGGACCACUGGUAUUUAUUUUGCCGCCGAUAAUGUACGCACGUGCGAGAACUAUGAAAAAUGAGUUUGAUAAAUACAGCUCGACUUCAGAAGUGUUUUCAGCUACGGAACGACAGUCUGACGAUGAUUUGAUCGUUGAUGAAACUCGUGCGCAUUCAAAGUCAACUUACUUUGGUAUUCCUGAAAACAAAAAAAAUCGUCAGCGUUAUACGUAUGUUUAUUACAGUGACAAUGAUGUCAAUGACAACGAUGAUGAUUCGGAAGGACUCCUUUCUGAUGUUGAUGACCAACGUUCGAAGAAAAAACUCCAGCCUCAUACAAUGACGGCAGAGCGCAACAAGUCAGCAACUGGGUUUAUUGAUGCGACUAAGCCGGAAAAAUUUCGCUCGAAAACAAGAUUGCAGCCGCUGAUUAUUAAAAGUAAAACAAAAGAUAAAAGAUAUAAAAUUAUUUUUAAGCGAUUAACUAACUUGUUCAGCUACUUUGUUGUUGUUAUGGGGGUUGUUAUCACAAUCUCAGCGACUUACAUUAAUGUAAAAAAUACUAUCCGGUUUGUUAAAUUUACACCGCCUUGUAUUAUCAAUGCUUCCGUUUCAGCGUCAUAA